AUGGCCAAGCCGACUGUGCUGCUGGUCGAGUCGCCGUGCCGCGAAGUCGACCCUGAGCAGUGGGCCCGCGUGCAGAACCGCUUCAACCUGCUGCACUACGACUGCGACACGGUCGACGAGUUCUGCCGGCGACUGGCGCCGGGCGGUGCCUAUGCGCACAUCGACGCCAUCGUGCGUGUCGGCUGGCUCAAGGCCGGGCCUUAUGCGACGCACCAGCUCUUCUGUGGCCGGCCAGUCGGCCUCUUCCCGACCUCGUUGAAGCUGAUCUGCUGCACCGGCCACGGCUUCGAUGCGGCCGACAUUGCCGGCCUGUCGGCACGCGGCAUCGUCUAUGCCAACGCGCCCGACACCUGCACCGAGGCCGUGGCCAACACGGCCCUCUUCCUGGUCCUCAACGUCUUCCGGUACUUUUCUCUGGCCGAGCACGCCGUCCGGGCUGACCGCUGGUUCGACAGCCGCCAGGUCGGGCCCGUGGCUAUCGAUCCUGUCGGCCAGGUUCUCGGCAUCGUCGGCAUGGGCGACAUUGGCUUGGCCAUUGCCCGCAAGGCAGCCCUGGGACUCGGUAUGCGCAUUCACUACCACAACCGCAAGCCGAGACCGGCGAGAGACCUCGAGGGCCUGCCCGACGGUGCCGUUUACCAUGCUUCGCUGGACACGCUGCUCGCUGUCAGCGACUGCAUCUGUCUGGCCUGCCCGCUGACCACGGACACGCACCACAUGCUCUCGACGGCGCAGUUUGCUCGGGCCAAGAGCAGCGGCCUGCGGCUCGUCAACAUCGCCCGCGGUGGUCUCGUGGACGAAGAUGCCCUGCUGGCCGCCGUGCAGGCAAAACAAGUCGUCGGUGUCGGUCUGGACGUUCAUGCAAAUGAGCCCGACGUCCGGCCGGAGCUGCGGGCCAACUACUGGACCACAUUGCUGCCGCACAUUGGCGUCUGCUCGCGCACGAGCUGGCUGAACUUUGACCGCCAGGUUCUGAGCAACCUGGAGAACUACUUUUACGGAGACAAGAAGACGGUCACGGCCGUGAAUGCAGAGCUCCUAGAAUAG